CCGGUUCACAGUAUCAUUUUUUACUCUGUCCUCCAUCUUCUUUACGUGAUUUAACCAGUAGGUGUAGUUGGACAAAUCCGCGUAGAAACAUUAAUAGCUAUGCUGUCAGUUCGCGUUGCCGCAGCCCUUGUCCGCACCCUUCCCCGACGGGCUGAAUUUGUUUCCAAAAAUGUUUAUGCUGCUACAUGUGUAGGAGCCAGGCACCUGCACACCACAAAGCCAUGGAUGGCCAAGACGGGAACAGCAGAGGUCUCGUCCAUUCUGGAGGAGAAGAUCCUGGGGGCUGACACUAGCGCUGACCUGGAGGAGACUGGUCGCGUGCUGUCCAUCGGUGAUGGUAUUGCCAGAGUGUAUGGUCUCAGGAACGUGCAGGCUGAGGAGAUGGUGGAGUUCUCCUCUGGGCUUAAGGGCAUGUCUCUGAACUUGGAGCCUGACAAUGUCGGUGUUGUGGUGUUCGGUAAUGACAAGCUCAUCAAGGAGGGCGAUAUCGUCAAGAGAACCGGAGCCAUCGUGGACGUGCCCGUCGGUGAACAGCUGCUGGGUCGUGUGGUGGACGCUCUGGGAAAUGCCAUCGACGGCAAGGGUCCCCUUGGGUCCAGCAUCCGUAGGCGUGUGGGUCUUAAGGCCCCUGGCAUUAUCCCCCGUAUUUCUGUGAGAGAGCCCAUGCAGACUGGCAUCAAGGCCGUGGACAGCCUGGUGCCCAUUGGCCGAGGUCAGCGUGAGCUGAUCAUCGGUGACAGGCAGACUGGCAAAACCGCCAUUGCCAUCGACACCAUUAUCAACCAGAAGCGCUUCAACGAUGGCACUGAUGAGAAGAAGAAGCUGUACUGCAUCUACGUCGCCAUUGGUCAGAAGAGAUCCACCGUGGCCCAGCUAGUGAAGAGGCUGACUGACGCCGACGCCAUGAGGUACACCAUUGUGGUGUCCGCCACAGCCUCCGAUGCCGCUCCCCUGCAGUACCUGGCCCCUUACUCUGGCUGCUCCAUGGGAGAGUUCUUCAGAGACAAUGGCAAGCACGCGCUCAUCAUCUACGACGAUUUGUCCAAGCAGGCUGUGGCUUACCGUCAGAUGUCCCUGCUGCUACGUCGUCCCCCCGGUCGUGAGGCCUACCCCGGGGAUGUGUUCUACCUCCAUUCUCGUUUGCUAGAGAGAGCAGCCAAGAUGAACGAAAACUUUGGAGGCGGCUCCCUCACCGCCCUACCCGUCAUUGAGACCCAGGCCGGUGAUGUUUCCGCCUACAUUCCAACCAAUGUCAUCUCCAUCACAGACGGACAGAUAUUCUUGGAGACUGAGUUGUUCUACAAAGGUAUUCGACCAGCCAUCAACGUAGGUCUGUCUGUGUCACGUGUCGGCUCUGCCGCCCAGACCAAAGCCAUGAAGCAGGUGGCUGGCACAAUGAAGCUGGAGCUGGCCCAGUACCGUGAGGUGGCUGCCUUCGCACAGUUUGGUUCCGACUUGGACGCUGCCACCCAGCAGCUUCUGAACCGUGGUGUUCGCCUUACUGAGCUCCUCAAGCAGGGGCAGUACUGCCCCAUGGCCAUUGAGGAGCAGGUUACAGUCAUCUAUGCUGGUGUGAGGGGACACUUGGACAAAAUGGACCCAACCAAGAUCACAAAGUUUGAGAAGGCUUUUCUUCAACAUGUUCUCAGCCAGCACCAGGACCUCCUAGCACAAAUUAGAGCUGAUGGCAAAAUCUCAGAAACCGCAGAUGCCCAGCUUAAGCAGAUCGUCUUGACCUUCCUGGCAAGCUUUGAGUAGUCUUAUUUUUGGUCAACUAUUUUGUCAAUGUUUGCAUAGUGCGGAUGUUAAACUUUGAAUCUGAAAAUAAAGUGGCAUUUGAUAUUACUGUACAGAUGUCUCCUAACAGAGAAUAAAGUCUUUCUACUCCAGGA